GUGAUGGGCGGUCCAGGCAGUGGAAAAGGAACACAGUGCAAGUAUAUGGCCACCAAGUAUGGUCUCUGCCAUGUGGGGCUGGGCCAGCUGCUGCGUCAGGAGGCCCAGAGAGGCACCCAGCGGGGCCGGCAGAUCCAUGACUUCAUGCUGCAGGGACUCUUGGUGCCCACGGGCAUCAUCCUAGAUAUGGUCAGUGACAACAUGUUGUCCCACCCGGAAUGCCAGGGCUUUCUCAUCGACGGCUUUCCCCGGGAGCUGAAACAGGCCCAGGAAUUUGAGCGUAUCGUGAGUGGCCCCAAAGUGUGUGUGUGUGUGCGCAUGCCUGCAUGCAUGUGUCAAGGUGCAAAGCCCAUCCCUCCCUCACAACCUUGGGUAAGCCUGCACUGCUUGGAGAGCAGAGGGGUUGAGACUCCAGGGAGGUUCUGAGAG